CCAUACACGGAACCCCCGAGAGGAGAGGGAAGUUCAGUUUGUUUACCUCGCGGGAAGACAAGCUUCUUGUCUGAAGACGUAAAGAAUGAAUGGAUAUAGCUGACUUCUGCUCCCUGAGGACAGUAGUUUGAUGGCUUUACAUCUUAUUUACAUGAUCUCUCUUAACUAAUAAGAAAAUUCACCUGGACAAGAAGCCCUGGGUCUCAGAUGCAACCACUGAUCCAUAUCCAACAAAUGACAGAGCCCUUGCUGAAAGUCCAGGAGAUGCAGUUCUGGCUGGACAAAGCGGUGGCUUGGGGACAGGCUGACAGUCCAGACACUCAGAAAGACGCCAGCUUGCACUUGAGUAGACUAAGCAAUUAUCUCCAGCAACUGCUUACACACAUCAACGACAUGAGUUCCACAACAGAAACCAUGAAGAGGCUGCCCUUCCUAGGCCAGUUCCUUGGCCGACUGUGCUGGAACCCGUAUGUCACUGCUGAUGAUACAAGCAGAAGGCUGCUGUUCCAGUGUCUGUGGGGACUGUACUCAGAGCAUCCAAGCAAUGCUGUGGAAAGAAAAGCCAACCAGUGGAUACGGAAAGUGCUGUGUCAGCUGGCUGCAGAAGAAGACGAUGCUGCAGCGCAGGCAUUAAUGAAGUGUAUGGGUGUACCACCUAAAGAUUACCAUCUCAAAGUCCUGAGAAAGAUGGUUGCAUUGCUGAAAGAAAACAUUGGGAAGAGCUGCAGUUCUCUUGGCAACACAAAUCAGAGGUGUUUAUGUGACAACAUUCUGGCUACGUCAGAGGCUUGUGUCCCUCUGGUCACUUGUCCCGAGGCUGCUCCUCUCAUUGGUACAUUGCUACAGCGGCCAGCGACUUGUGUCAGAGCAGCUCUUAGUGAAGAUUUCCUGGAUGCUCUGAGCUCUGCUUACUCAAGCCAGGGCUUGUCAUUGGAGGACCAGGCAAUAGUCUCUAUGUGGUAUCACAGCCUGUCCAGCCUGGAAGAGGCAGUGCUCAGUUUACUGGAGUCUGUUCUUACCAACACAGGGUCAACACCAAAGAAGCUGGAGCAGCAAGUAGCACAGUCACUGCUGCCCAAAGCCUGUGCUCAGCACUGCUCGAUAUUCUUGGUUGUAAAUGACAUCUUCAGGUCCACCCUUAAGCAAGCUGAAGAAAAAGAGUGUGUGAAGUCUCUUAUCCAAACCUUUACCUGCUGCUUCCUCAGGGAACUGGCGCUGCCGCAGCCUCAGAAGUGUGUAUCUUUGAAGGCGUUCUUCGCACAGUCACCUCAGAGUCUUUUGGUUCCCCUGUUGACCCUGCCGUCAGAGAUGCCUCAGAAGGCUUGGAGACAUCACCUGAACUGGAUCAGCAGCUCAUUACAGAGACUGACAGAGGAGGAAGAGGAGGGAGACGGAGACAGCAGCAGUGGCACCAGGAGGUACCAUAAAACGUUCGAGGCCUGGUUCCUGUUGGUUCAGUGUGCCCACUGGGUGCAGGUGACUGUCCAGCUGUUGGGGACCUCAGGGCCUGAAGACUGUGACCCUCUCCUGUGGCUGCUGACCUUCUACCACCACCCCACCAACAGGGGGCACCACCGGGAUCUACAGCUGGUACAUGCCAAAGAAGUGUUGGACCACCUACACUCCCUUUUCUCGGUCUUAUCUCGUCCAUUUCCUGUUGACCACCUCCAGUCAUUGGUCACUCUGCUGUCACCAGGACCUCAGCAACCAUCGCCGUCUCCAUUAUUGAUCCUCAGCCUCUUAGUCAACUUUGCUGUUUUCUUUCAACAAUCGCUGAGUGGAUCAACAUGGAUUUUACAGACGGUGGUGGACCGGUCUGGUCUGGUUGAUGAAGCAGCGUGUGUUCUCAGCUCACUGGAGCACAGAGUAAACGAAGGAAGCUGCUUAUCAAGCGACACUAACAGAGUUCAUCUCAGGAUCAAGGAGCUUCAAAACACACUAGCACACAUGCAUGCAACAUGGAGCCCUGCUGAGAACCAAACACACACACUCACGCACUCUAAAAGAGGUGAGAGUGAAUACCCACACACACACACGCAUUAAUACAAACAACCAUGCAGCAGUGAGUUCAUCCUCGGCUCAGGGUUUUUUUUCAGGGCACGUUUGCAGAAUUACAAAUAGCCACACUCUUGUGCAGAUAUGCUCUAUACAAUGACAGGAAUGUGUCAGAACAGCACAGUAAGGACAGAGUAUUUGGAGAGGCUACAAUUAUAUGCAUGCGCACGCACGCGCACACACACACACACACACACACACACACACACACACACACACACACACACACACACACAACUACAAGGCCCACGAGGACACUUAACGAGUGAGAGAUUACACUGCAAAGAAGCAGCAGCGCAUGCAGCGUGUCAGAGUCCUCCCACUCAUAUAAUUGUCUCACAAAAUAAAUCCUUCACGCUACACAUGCUGACUGCAAGACAUUUAGGUUUGAAGGAUAGGAAAACCGAAUGUCACUUAUCUUUGUAUAGUUACUCUUUGUGCUAAAAUAUGUUUAUAUGAAAGACAUAUUCCAACAGUACUGGGUGUAUGAUAAAAUGUGAAUAAUGAAAUGUAAUGUCACUUAUUUCUAUAUUUACAUUUUCUGUUGUUUACAUUGUUUAUAAAGACUCUCUGUUUGGUGUUUGAUCCAUAAUUUUAGACAUAUGAAAUUAAGACAUUUAAAAUUACUAUCGGAGUGUAAACAAUUGAGAAUACCCUGCUUAUGCAGAACUACUUCAUUCACAAUGUUAAUAUUGUAAAUAGUUUAGGGCUGCAACUACCGAUUAUCUUCACUAUUGAUAAAUCUGUCUUGUUUUGUCCGGCCAACAGUGCAAAGCCCAAAAAUGUUUCAUUUACUAUAAAGAAAGAAAAGUAAGGAAAAGCAGCAGACUUUCUCAUUUAGACCCUGAAAACAUCAGAUUUUUGUUAACUUAAAUGAUUAAUUGAUCACAGAAAAAGUUGCAGGUUCAUUUUCUUUUGAUGGAAUUGAUUAAUAGUCUCAUUGUUGGAGAUUUAAAAUGGUUGACUACUGCUGGAGUUGUGCAGAAAUAUAAACAAAAGAGAUUUACACUUUUUAUGAUUUCUCAUCAAAAUGAUUCAAGUGUGGCAUCAUUCAGGAUCACUGAUAUUUUGGUUGCUGCAUGAUGUACUUGUUAUAAAAUUAUAUGAUCUGAGUGUGGAUUUGUCAGAUUUGUUGUUCACUCUUAAAAAUAAAAAGUGAGCUAAAG